AUGGCAGCCACAGCCUCAUCGGCUGGCGCUGCCAUUUCAUCAAUGAUAACAUUCAUGAGAAAACAAAGUUUCCGUAACGAUUUUGUUCCAUUGAUGGACUACAAUCAAGAAGAUACAUCGGGUGCCAAUCUCGAAUGGAUGAAUAAACCAUUCGUUAAAUACGUAUUUCGUCUUACUGGUUUAUUAAGUUUUAUUUCAACAUGUAUGAAUACACCAAAAACAUUUGAAUAUCAUCCAUUUCUUCGAUAUGCAACAUUUAUUAUUGAUAUUAUCUGUGCAAUUAUAUUAACAAUUGAAGCAGCGGCAAAAAUGAAAACAAGAGGCAUAUUAGUUGGUGAUUCAGCUUAUUUACGCGAUCGAUGGAAUCAUUUUGAUGCUGUUAUGGUUUUAUGUAUUUAUUUUUCUAUUAUAUUACAGACUUUGGAACUAAUUGGUGUGGUAAGCAAAUAUACAUAUUUUACAAUUAUUCGUUCACCACGUCCUUUUAUACUUAUUAAAGUACUUAAAACAUUUCUCAAAUUUGAAUUACCUAAAAGCCAGAUAAAAUCUAUUCUUCAACGUUCAAGUUCUCAAAUAUAUAAUGUUACAAUGUUUUUCUUAUUCUUUAUGAGUUUAUAUGCUAUUUUGGGUGUACAAUUUUUUGGAUCAUUGACAUUCCAUUGUGUAAGAAAUGGUACAGAUUUGAAUAAUGUUACGAAGUCAGAUUUAAUGAUACCAGAUACGUAUUGUUCACCAACUAAAGAUGGUUUUCAUUGUCCAGAAAAUUUUAUUUGUAAAAAAAUCGAUAUUCCACGUAAUUUACGUGGUUAUAAUGGUUUUGAUGAAUUAGCAACUAGUUUUUUUUCGGUUUAUGAAUCUGCUAGUCAAGAAGGUUGGGUAUUUCUUAUGUAUCGCGCUAUUGAUAGUCUUCCAUCAUGGCGUGCUUUUUUCUAUUUUAUUACAAUGAUUUUUUUUCUUGCAUGGCUUGUCAAAAAUGUAUUUAUUGCCGUUAUUAUUGAAACAUUCGCUGAAAUUCGUGUUCAAUUUCAACAAAUGUGGGGUUCACGUGGAGCACCUUCAAAUAUAGAACCAACAAAAAUACUUCAAAAAGUUGAUGAUAGUACUUUAAAAUUAGUUAAUAUUGAUGAAAAUAAAAAGAAAGGUGUUGUACCUGCUAUUUGUUUAAAAAUUGCUCAAUCACCAGUAUUUACAACAAUUGUUAUGAUUGUUGUACUUGCUAAUACAAUCUUUACGGCUACUAUUAGACAUACACAUAAUGAAGUUAUUGAUAAACGAAGUCUAGAACUUUAUCAUAAAAUUGAGAGCUUAUUUACUGUAUUUUUUGAUUUGGAAACACUUUUUAAAAUUUUUUCACUUGGCUUUAAAAAUUAUAUUCGAAGAUCAACAUAUAAAUUUGAAUUUAUGCUUGCUGUUGGAACAACACUACAUUGUAUACCACCAUUUUAUCGAAGUGCAUUUACUUAUUUUCAAGUACUUCGUGUUGCUCGUCUACUUAAAUCAAGUCCUUUACUUGAAGAUUUUCUUAAUAAAAUUUUUGGUCCGGGUAAAAAACUUGGCAGUUUAAUAUUAUUUACUAUGUGUUUAUUAUUGAUAACAUCAUCAAUUAGUAUGCAAUUAUUUUGUUUUAUUAAAAAUUUAAAACAAUUUGAAACAUUUCCUCGAGUACGUAAUUAA